AUGGCUGGUCUUGUGGACACGCGCCUGCUGGGACGACCCAAUAAGUACUCAGGCAACCGCGACGAGUUCCCGACCUUCAGAUAUCAGCUGAUCAGCUACUUGGGCGCCAUCGACCCGAGAUUGGCACAAGCGGUCACGACAGCAGCUACCCACGGCAACGUCAUCACGCUUUCAGAGAUGGGUGACGACAACAAGCAGUUUGCAGCGACGAUGGGAUACAUUCUAUCACAGUUGCUUGGAGGCAGCGCGUUGACCUUGGUGAUGAAUUGUGAGCCAGGUAACGGCCUGGAGCAGUGGCGACGUCUUUGUCUACGCGAGGAUGCGGCCACUGGCUCCAACAAGGUGACGCAGCUGCAGCUUCUUGUGAACACAGAGUUUUCAGGCAAGUGGGAGACCUACGUCGAGGAGCUCACGAGGUUUCUACUGGACAUGAACCGAUAUCAAGAGAAGUUUUCAGAAGUGAUCUCAGACACUCUCGUCCAAGCCUUGAUCAAGAAGAACACGCCCGAGCCACUGAAGACUCAGGUGAUGAUGCAGACCUUCACGAACCACCAGAUCCUACGGGAGACUUGCGAGGCCUUCGCUCAGCAGAUGAUGCAGCGCGACCCGAGGGUGACCAAGAAGAAGUUCGACCCGAACGCCAUGGACGUAGACGCUUUCGACAAGGGCGGCAAGGGCGAUUCCAAGGGCAUGGGCUUCGGCGGCAAGUCGGACCAGAAGGGCAGCGGUGGCAAGUCGAGCAGUCAAAGGAGUGCUUGGCAGAGCUCGUGCGGCAAAGGUGGCAAGGGCGACGGCAAGAACAAGAUGAAGAGCAAGAAGGGCGAGACGAAGCUCUUCGACGGAUGGUGUUCGAACCCCCACUGCGGCAAGCACGGGCACAAGAUCGCGGACUGCAGGAAGUACGGCGGCGGCGCUUACCAGCCUGGAGGAGGUCAGCGAUCCGUUUCUGAGGCUAUGACGGAGAAGUGCAAGCUCACAGGCGAGCCAGUUGCAGAGAUGAAUGAUGCAGGUUAUUCGGUACACUUUGAUCCUGACGGAGCCAAGAUGUUCAAAAGCAACAAGAAUGUGCAGCACGAGAUAGAUAAAGCGAUCGAGUCGACAGUGACUUUGCGGUUACGACGGAAGGUGAAUGCGUUUCUUCUUCCCAUGAGGUUCAAGGAUCCGACAGGCUACGAGUCCAUCAUCGGCGAUGUCGAGGACCACUCUGAGAAGGACGACGAGCAGAUGAAGGAGGAGCCUGUCGAGACGCAGCCUGUGGAGGUGCAGGACAGAAGGACAGGCUACCUCAUGGGAGUUGUCGUGGAAGCUAAAGGCAAUCAGAGCUACGCUAUAGCGGCCAUCAGCGAGUACCUGGACGAGCUGGGCUACAUGAGCAUGGAAGUUCAGUUAGACGGAGAACCAGCACUGGAGGCACUCAUGAAUGGAGUGAUCUCGGAGCGUAUCAAGAAGCUCGGCAAAGAGGCAGCUGAAGCUCAACUUCGAGUACGGCUAGUUCCAAAAGGAAGCCACGCUUCUCAAGGUGGAGUUGAGAGUGGAGUCAAGUCGGUUGCAGGUCUUGCUAGGACUGGGCGUUUGGCUCUGGAGAAGCGUUACAACAUGAAGUUCACUGAGGAUGUACCUCUCAUACCUUGGAUGAUUCGGCAUCAGAUAUUCUGCCACAACAGGUACCAGCGGAGGAGGAGCAGCGGUCGCACAUCUUUCGAGGAGCUCAGGUUGGCACCGUACACUUCACCCAUGCUGGAGUUCGGAGAGACAGUGAUCGGCAAGGAGCACACGGAGCUGCAGGACAAGCUGGGUACAGCCUGGUGCAAGGGACUGUGGCUCGGACGCAGUUCGAAGAGUGAUGCUCAUCUUAUCGGCACGGCGACGGGGGUAGUUCAGGCCAGGACAGUGAAGCAGCUGACGACUGAGGAGAGCUUCGACAUGGAGAUGCUCAAAGCCAUGCGUUGGACGCCUUGGAGGACCUCGGUUAGAGCUGGAGUCUACGAAGGCGAGAAUUGGCAGCCGACGGAAGGAGCUGCUGACGCUGACCUCGGUGAAGGCGGCCCUGGAGGCCCACCUGGGAAUCGAAGCCUGGUGGGAGCCAUCGAGAGCCUGAGUACUGGCGACCUCAAGAGGCUCGUGGCGGGCUUCAGCACGGAGGAGAUGAUGAGGCUCGUGGGCGAGGUCGACAAGGAGCUAAAGGACGACAGCAAGUUCAGCAUCGUGAUGGGCUGGACCGGGGACGACGAGUGGGGGGCGAAGCAGUGCGAGCUAGAUCGGCUCGACAACUACGACGUGUGGGAGCUCACGCUGAGGGACCCUCACGGGCCUAAGGCACUUACGUGGACUUGGGUUUUGGAGAUGAGGAGCGGCGAGCUCAAGGCUAGGCUUUGUGCGCGACCAUUCGGCAAGCAGGUCAACAAGAGCAAGAAUGAGCUGUACUGCCCUACUCCACUUUCGUUCUCACUCAAGUUGCUCAUGGUCUACGCUAUCGUUAAGGAUUUCGCCGUCUUCUUUUUCGACAUAUCUCGAGCGUUUCUGUACACGCCGAUUCGGGAGUUGGUGUACGCAGAGGUCCCGAAGGAGUACUGCCAUCUUCCCGAUGGUUCGGAUUGGGCUUUCAAGCUCAAUAAGACCGUCUACGGACUCAACGAGGCGAUGAUCGAUUUCGACGACCACUUUGAGAACAUCGCUACAGGACGGAAUGAUGGAUCUAAGAUGACGUUCAAGAGGUUUCUUUCUGACCCGUGUACGUUCGCGGACAAGGCUAAUCAAGUUGCUAUGUCCAAGCACGUUGACGAUGGCACUCUGGUGGGACCCAGAGUUUCAGCCAGCAAAGUGUUGGAGGAGCUCGGCACACAUUUUCUACUGAAAGUUUCUGAGCUCACAGUUGGUGGUCCUGAGAUCAAGCACCUUGGACGUGGCUGGCUCCGCACCCCCGAAGGUAUUCAAGUUCGCAUGUGGCCUGCUAUUGUCAAGAAGCUACUCGACUCUGAGCCCAAUGAUAAGAAGACGAGCCCAAUACCAGGAGUCAAGAACGAGAAGAAGGUCGAGAGCGAGGAGGAGUUGGAUUCCAAAGCGGCCACGAAGUUCAGGAGCGUCAACGGCCUCAACAUGUUCGUGUGUUUGGAAAGGCCCGAGUGUCAGUACGCAGCGAAGGAGUGUUCGAGGGGGAUGUCACGACCGACGGUGCAGGACCAGACGAGGCUCACGCGUAUCAUCAGGUUCAUUCGAGCUCACCCAUCUUCAGUCACGUGCAUGUAUCCAUACAGCGGCGAGUUCAAGGUUAUCGGACGUGCAGACUCUAAUUGGGCAGAGGAUCCUAUCGGGAGGAAGUCUACAAGUUGUGGUCAGUUGUUUCUCAAUGGAGCUUUGAUCAUGCAGUUCGUCAAGACUCAGGGGGCACCAGCACUCUCGUCGCCCGAAGCUGAGUUUAACGCACUCGUGCAUGUCGGGAUUGAGGCGAGAGGAGCACAGACUUAUCUCAAGGAGCUCUUGGACGAAACUGUACCAGUGACGCUGGAGAGUGACAACUCCAGCGCUCUCACGAAUGUCGAGAAGAAGGGAGUUGGCAGGAUGAGGCACAUCGAGUUGAAGGAUCUGUGGAUCAAGGACCUAGUUGCACGCAAGGCUGAGACGAAGGUCAGCACGAGCAAAGUUCACACCAACGAGAACACCGCAGAUAUUGGGACGAAACAUCUUUCGAGGGUAGAUUUCAUGAAGCACCUAACGGCGAUGAAGGUAUGGCUCACUGGGAAAGGUGAGGUUGGUGAAGUUGCGGGUUCAAGCAACGAGAAGAAGGGCCAGAUCGGUAAGCCGGCGCUGGAGCUGAUGGGAGCACUUACUCAAUGCUUGGUGGGUUUUGGUACGUUUCUUCAACUUGGACGUGCGGACGCUACUGAGUUGGUGGAGAAGGAGUUUCAGCCAGUCGCGAUCUCAAGCCCUGCAGAUGAUGAGAGCCAUUUUGGCGUUUCCACAACGGUCGUGAUGAUGAUGCUCACCCUUUUGAGUGUUGUCGCAACGAGUGCAGUCUUCAAAGUCAAGCAGCACAUCGACCGUAUCACGCAGUCAGCACAGAAAGAUGCCUCAACUCAGUACAGCCUGAAGGACACGAUGAAGAACGGAGCUACGAGCAAAAUCGUGGUCAAUGAUCUUCGGGCUAUGUUCACAGCUAUGACUAUAGACAGUGGACGGGAGUUUCUACGACUACGGCGGGUGGAUCGGGCCGUCUCGACAUAUACAAAGGCGAUGGUGGUCGAAGCUUGUGUGGCGACCGCCCUCAACGACAUAAGGCAGGACAAUAUCUACAGUGUUGAUGGGUUUGUCGGGAUUUGGCACCCUCACUCGCUGGCUAUGAUUCGAUAUUGA